GGCGGAGGCGGCGCCUCGCCCCGACACCGACACGCCAAGAUGGCGGCGCCCGCGGCCCGGCGGGGGAGCUGAGGGAGGGCGCGCGCAGAUACCAUAACCUUAAGAAUGCAGUCGGUUUAUCACAGAGUUGGCCCGUGUUCCUCAUGUGUGAAGAGACAACUAAAUGGCUUUCUGGGAUUAAAUAAAUGGCAGAGAAGAGUGGUUCCUGCUUGUGUGAGAACGAUUUACAGUGAGACGGGGAAAUGGGAAAAAAACUAUGGGUUGGAGACAAGAAAACGAGUUGAAAAUUGGUGGUUCCCAAGAAUAAAGGAUCAGUUCUGCAGAAUUUCAGAAACUGAUAAAUCAAGACCAAAAUUUUAUGUGCUUUCUAUGUUCCCAUAUCCUUCUGGGAAGCUUCACAUGGGCCAUGUUCGUGUCUACACCAUCAGUGAUGCAGUAGCUCGGUUCCAGAAAAUGAGAGGGAUGCAGGUGAUAAAUCCAAUGGGAUGGGAUGCAUUUGGUUUACCAGCAGAAAAUGCUGCAGUUGAACAUGGCCUUCACCCUGCAAGCUGGACACAAAGUAACAUUCAACACAUGAGGAAACAGUUUGAUGCACUAGGUCUGUCUUUUACAUGGGAAAGGGAGGUAACCACUUGCUUACCAGAGUACUACAAAUGGACACAAUAUCUCUUUCUUAAGCUUUUUGAAGCUGGGAUAGUGUAUCAAAAAGAGGCCUUGGUUAACUGGGAUCCAGUGGAUCAGACUGUUCUAGCUAAUGAGCAGGUGGAUGACAAUGGUUGCUCUUGGCGCUCAGGAGCAAAAGUGGAGCAGAAAUACCUCAAACAGUGGUUUAUCAAGACAACUGCUUAUGCAAAGGCCAUGUUUGAUGCUUUAUCUGAUCUCCCUGAGUGGUAUGGUAUUAAAGAAAUGCAAGCAAAUUGGAUAGGUGACUGUGUUGGGUGCUCUCUUGACUUCUUGCUAAAGGUUAAUGGCAAAGUCACAGAAGAGAAGCUAGCAGCUUACACCUAUACACCUGAAGCCAUUUAUGGAGCUUCCCAUUUAUAUAUCUUACCAAAUCACAGACUGCUGCAUGGGAAUAGCAGUCUCAAGGAAGUCUUUCAGAGGGAGUUCAUCCCGGGGAAAGACUCCCUUACUUCAGUGACAGCUGUGAAUUUGCUUACCAAUCAGGAGAUUCCUGUAGUCAUCUCAGCAAAAACCAAUUUUGAUAAUUAUCUUGAUACUAAAAUAGGAAUUCCUAGUACUAGUGCAGAAGAUGCUGCAGUAGCUAAGAAUCUGGGCAUUUCUUUCACUGAAGUCAUUGAGACAUUGCCAGAUGGUUUGGAGAAGGUCAUUAAUUCUGCAGAGAUCACCGGCAUGACUCGGCAGGAGGCUUUAAAAGCUAUUACUCAGCAGGCCAAAAAUAAAAGAAUAGGUGGAGACCUAACAAGUGACAAAUUGAGGGACUGGUUAAUAUCGCGACAGCGCUACUGGGGAACGCCCAUUCCGAUCAUUCACUGCCAGGCAUGUGGCGCUGUCCCCGUGCCCUACGAGCACCUACCUGUGGUGCUGCCCAACGUGACCACCUUCACAGGAAAGGGAGCCUCACCUUUGGAAAGCGUCCCAGAAUGGGUGAACUGUUCCUGUCCAAGGUGCAAGGCAGCAGCACGGCGAGAAGUCGAUACCAUGGAUACAUUUGUUGAUUCUGCUUGGUACUACCUGAGGUACACUGACCCUCACAACACCGACAGGCCCUUUAAUAGUGACUUAGCAGACUACUGGAUGCCUGUGGAUUUGUACAUCGGAGGAAAGGAACAUGCAGUUAUGCACUUAUUCUAUGCAAGGUUCUUCAGCCAUUUUUGCCAUGAUCUAAAGAUGACUAAACACAAGGAGCCUUUCCAUAAGCUCUUGGUUCAAGGUCUUAUCAAGAAUCAGACAUUCAGACUAACAACAACAGGCCAGUGUUUGAAGAGAGAGGAGGUUGAUCUCACUGGAAGUGAACCGGUUCACCUAAAAACUGGUGAGAAGCUCCAAGUUGCUUGGGAAAAAAUGAGCAAAUCUAAGUACAAUGGAAUAGACCCUGAGGAAAUAGUGAAAGAGUAUGGCAUCGACACCCUGCGUCUUUACAUUCUGUUUGCUGCUCCUCCAGAGCAAGACAUUUUGUGGGAUGCUAAAACUGAUGCCAUGCCCGGCGUUCAGAGAUGGCAGGUGCGCCUCUGGGCACUUGUAACCAAACUCAUUGAAGCAAGGACUUCAGGAACCAUGCCCAAUCCUGAGCUUCUGAAUAAGAAAGAGAAGGCUGAAGCCAGAAAGAUCUGGGAGCAGAAGAAUCUGGUCAUUUCUGAGGUAACCGAGUACUUCACAAAGGAUCAUUUGUUCAAUGCAGCUAUUUCCCGAUUGAUGAGCCUCACAAAUGUACUCCAUCAUGCUCCUCAGCCCCUUGUUCUCCACAGCAAAGAAUUUGAAGAUGCUUUGGCUUCACUCUGCAUUAUGGUCGCACCUAUGGCUCCCCACAUUGCGUCAGAGAUGUGGAAAGGUUUGGCACAUACACAGAAUAAACUUUGUACUCAUCAUCACUGGGAUGUUGAUGUUCUGCAUCAGUCCUGGCCCAAAGUAGACCCAGAUUACCUUCAGCCAUCAGAUGUUGUGGAGAUGUCUGUACUGAUCAAUAACAAAGCUUGUGGCAAAGUUUUUGUGCCUCAGCAAGCAGCCCGCAAUUUUGAAGAAGUCCAUGAGCUCGUUCUUCAGAGUGAACUUGGAGUCAAGCAUCUCCAGGGACGAGCCAUUAAAAAGGCCUUUCUGUCUCCCAGAACUGCCCUUAUCAACUUCUUAGUGCAAGAAUAGUAAAGGCUCUACUGGGCUGCAGAAGGGAUCUGGAAUCUUUUGAGGUGGAAACCAAUGCAAAAAGAGCAAUUAUGGUUAUUUCACUUCAUGUAAAGGUGGGAAACAAAUCUUAUUAAAAUCAGGUUACUGCUAAAUCUUCCUUUCAGUAUGGAGAAAUGUGCAGAAUUAAAGUUUCUUACUGAGUCACAGUAAGAUGCUGCUUGUCCUUAUUCUUUGGGAGAAUGAGAGGGAAGCACAGAACUAAACAAUUGUAAGAGAAUGUAACUGAAGAAAGCACAUGGAGCUUAGUGUCAGCCUCAGGAAUAUAUCCUGUUGGAAAGUUAGCUUGGCUAAUUUCAGAUGCAUAAAUGUGAUUCCAGGACUAAACAACUGUCCUGAGUAUGUGCUACCCCAAAUGGUGUGCUUUUCUCCCUGGAUUUCAUGUUUGGGUACCCUACCAUUAACUAGCAUUUAAAGUUAUAAGGAAACACUACAAAACACUAUAAAAUACUAGAGUGUUAAUUUAAAAAAUAAUUUCUUUGUGCUGACCAAUGGCCUUGGGCACAGCAGGUAACCAGAAUGGGGUGGUUUGAUAUAUUUCACAUAAAUUUCAGAGCCAAGCCAAGAAAAAGGUCAGAUUAUUUAGCCAAGCCCUGCCUUAGCCAGGGUUCUCCUUCCUAGCUGAUGUAUUUGUGUUGGCACAUGCAUGAGAGGUGCAACUUCAGCAAAGUAUUGAUGAUUGUUUCUGCAUGGAACAGCAGGGAAGUUACUUCCUAUGCAUGAGCCAUCUCAGAGACUUUCAGGGCACUCAAGAGAGGAAUCAGUCAGCUGCUAGAAAUGCAGCAGUGGGGAAGGCUCUUGUAGUGAAACUUGAAUUGACUUUUUUUUUUUUUUUGAGGGGUUUAUUAAGUGAAAAUAGCCAUCAUGUUCCUAAAAAUCAAUCAGACAUUCCUAAAACAUAAAGCCAUUCUCAUGCCUGAUUCCAGACAGGGUUAUUUGUACACUGCAUUGCUGAUAUGUCCACAUGGAAAUAUUUAUUGUCUUCAGCACAUGGCUUGAAAAAGAGUUUCCAAGGAAACAGUUGCAGGGUUCAUUGUGAAAUAAUGUUUUUUUCUUUAACAGUCAUCCAACUAACUAGUCCAAUCAGCCAGCCAUUUCUGAGCCAUUCUGACAGUUAAGAAAUCAGCAGUAACAACCAGCGAGGCAAAUACAGAGGUCUGCAGUAACCUUCCAGCCCAGCAGGCAUCCAAACUCUGUACUGAAUUGAAAGGAAACCAAGAAAAAUAUCCCACAUAACAGUAAAUAAGUCUCACAGAUCCUCAGCAACCAGGCCCAAGACAGAUCACAUUGCCAUGUGGGCACUAGCUAAGCAAUGCCAAUAUUCAUUUGGGGUUUUUGCAUUUUUGGUACCGAAUAUCCAGAUGCAUAACAGAGAUGCCAGGCUUAGCAAGUAUGUUUGGCUCUACACAUCUCCACCCCUGCAAUAAAACUCUUCUGAUUCCUGCUUCCUCCUGGA